CUUCUACCUUUGGGGCUCCUCUUCUGCAUGAAGGUAUAAAGGGAGAUAUUCCUUUUCUCUCCCUCAAAAUGAAGAACACAUGUAAAUCCUUGUUUUUCCUGGUGAGGCAGGGGAGGCCAUAGCCACAAUGCUUAACUGCAUGCAUCUAACAUGGGGCUGGUUUUAACCCCAGCGCUCUGACCUAAACUGCUCAGCUCCCGGAAAUUCCAAGGAGCCCGGUGGCCUUAGUCUUUCAGGUGGAACGGUGUGCGACAUGGGAAAGAAAACCAAGCGGACAGCUGACAGUUCUUCUUCAGAGGAUGAGGAGGAGUAUGUUGUGGAGAAGGUGCUAGACAGACGCGUGGUUAAGGGACAAGUGGAAUAUCUACUGAAGUGGAAAGGCUUUUCUGAGGAGCACAAUACCUGGGAACCUGAGAAAAACUUGGAUUGCCCUGAGCUAAUUUCUGAGUUUAUGAAAAAGUAUAAGAAGAUGAAGGAGGGUGAAAAUAACAAACCCAGGGAAAAGUCAGAAAGUAAUAAAAGGAAAUCCAAUUUCUCUAACAGUGCUGAUGAUAUCAAAUCUAAAAAAAAGAGAGAGCAGAGCAAUGAUAUAGCUCGGGGCUUUGAGAGAGGACUGGAACCAGAAAAGAUCAUUGGGGCGACAGAUUCCUGUGGUGAUUUAAUGUUCCUAAUGAAAUGGAAAGACACAGAUGAAGCUGACCUGGUUCUUGCAAAAGAAGCUAAUGUGAAAUGUCCACAAAUUGUGAUAGCAUUUUAUGAAGAGAGACUGACAUGGCAUGCAUAUCCUGAGGACGCGGAAAACAAAGAGAAAGAAACGGCAAAGAGCUAAAGGAGGGGGUUUUCUCUGUCAUUUCUCUUUGUACAUAAUACAUUCACCUCCCUGCCUCCUCUCCCUUCUUCCCACCCCUUUCUAUCCUAAACACAUCCAUAAAAAAUGUGCUUAUCACUGUGCUCCACAGGAGAAAUGUUGGUAUUGGUUUUCUUGUAACAUAACUGAUGGUCUGAUUAAUGAUAAGUGUCUCUCUGUGAAGACCAGGCAUUUACAUACUGUGUGUAAUACCCACAGUCUUUUUUUCCUUUGCCCUGAUCUCUUCCUUCUGCUCCCCUAUGACCUCAAGAUGAGUUUGAACUUUUUCACCUUAGAGUCUUGAUCUUUUCAGGGUUGGUCGCUUUUUAGAUUGGGGGAUUUUGUUACAAUAAUGUUGAAUUUUGGUUUCUUUCUUGCUUUGGUUCUUAGAACAUGUUGCUGACUAGCUGGCCUUUGUUUUGACAUGUUGAGAUGGAAAGGAUGUUGCCCAUCUUUUAAAAAGCCAAUAGCAACUGCCUACCUGUUGGGGCUUUCCCAACCUUGUUCAGCUCUACCCAGGAGAAUACAGGGUUUCUGAUGUGGUCUUCUGGGCCACCCUGUUCAUCCUCACUCAUCCUCCCAGAAUUACUCCAUCCUUUGGAAGAUUUGAAAUUUUACACUGAAAUUUGUUAAGGCACUCUUUUUAGCCCCAGGACUUUUGGUCUUGCUUUUAGCACUUCCUGCUUCUGCUUCUGUAAAGUGAUGUCAAUUUGUGAAAAAAUGACAAGAUUAUUAACCGUGGAGAUUUUUAGCUAUAGUACAUGAGGAUGAUGGGGUAGGGUACAAUUGUCUUCAUUAUCACAUAUGGUAUGUAUGUAUUAUUUCUUUCCAUUCCUCAUAUUUAGACUGUAUAUUUAUGUAGGUGUGAGUGAUUGCCUGGUGCUUGCUUGUGCCAAGGUGCUAGGCACCCUCCAACCCUGCCAACUUUUGUGGCCUCCCAAAGCAUUCCCGUUACCAAAGAGGCUUCAAACCUGACCCUCACUUCUCAGUGGACCUGAGUUUCCCUUCUAUGCCAUUAUUUUCAGUGGGGAAGUUUUGGAGGUGAGCUGUUGGCUACAAAUCAGUUUUAAAUAUUCAUAGCAGUUAUAAGUCUCCUACUUUCUUGGCUGCUGGAUUUACCACCAAGAGUCCCCAAAAUGUUAAUGCUCUUCCCUUCUUCUCAAACAUACAGUUGUAUCUUAUUUUUUUAAAUGCAUUUUCAUGGCCAGGCACAGUGGCUCCCACCUGUAAUCCCAGCACUUUGGGAGGCUGAGGCAGGAGAAUUGCUUGAAGCAGGAGUUUGAGACCAGCCUGGGCAAUGUAGUGAGACCCUGUCUCUAAAAAAUAUAAAUAAAUAAAAAUAAUGACAUGUUCAUGAAAGACUAUCACCUUGGAAAGUGACAGGCCCUGGCGUUAGCAUGUUGACUCAACCUUCUCUCCUUACUCAGCGAAAUAUUUCCCUUUGGUUUCUUCCUGUGUUGCUAUUACAUUGAGAAAUUUUUCUGAUUAUAUUCUUUUGCCUUUGUCCCCCAAGAAAUGUCCUACUUUAUCCUUUUCUUGUUAUAGUUGAGGACAGCUAGAGAAUCACAAGUAAAAGUAGGGAAAUAGCAGGGUUUUGAGGAUCCUUGUCCCAGCCCCAAAGCUGAGGAAAUAAGAAUAAAUGCUCAAAAUAGCCUUAAUUCUAGAGUUCACCAGCCAUGAGGCUGCUUUUCUUGUUGCUUUUGAUUUUUAAAACAUACAGCUGUCUGGCCAGGAGCAUCCACCAUUUCUGGAUUAUUCAGAGUAAUGAGGGGAAUGGAUGGAUAGCUUCAGUCCACAGAUGAACCAAAUAAUAUGCAAAUCAUAUGCCCAUUUAUGGCAUUUGUUAACAUUGCUUCCCUGCUCAGCUGCUGAUUAAAUUCUGUAUGCUUAUAUAAAUUAUGUCAAAAAUUAUACUGCACAAUUGAGAUGCCAGCUGUUGCUGCAGUGACAUGACAGACUGGAACAAUGAAGCUUUUGGUUUAAGUCAGCCAGGAAAAUCCUUCUGAAUGGUAAUGUGAUUGGGCAAGAGCUCAUAAACCAUACCUCAAGUGGGUGGGAGUUUUAUCUCUAUAUUCCUUCACUCUCUGAAGGAAUUAAAGACCUAGGUCAAGUGCUGGAUAAUUGACAAUUGUACUUAAUUUCAUCAGCAUCUGAAAGAAGGAAAGGAUGGUCAGGAAACAGAUUUAUCAUAAAUGCAGCCAAGGAUAUCAAUUAGGGUAGACAGGAAUAGGACAAAAAUAGGCCAGAGCUUCUGAGGAGGUGAUUUGGGUCUCUAGAUUUGCAGAAAAUGACAGCCUAUCCAAGUGGCCCACUGUAUGCCUUGCAGGAGCAGUGCGCAUGUAAACUGCAGCAACUAUGUUUUUAAAACCAAAAAUCUAGUAUGUGGACAAAGAACAUGACAAUAUUUGGUGCUGAGAUUGGUUCUGAGAAACGUGGGGCACAAGGCUGCUGCGGUUAUAGGUGAUAUUUAAGACAUUCAUACAAAUCCGAUACUUUUACCAACAUGUCCCCAGUGUCAUCUACUACUUAUCUCUUUAAUAGACUUCACCGUUUUUGUUUUUGGUUUAUGUACUGAGUGCAGCCAAAACAAUCUCUUCCUGUCUACCUGCAGCUGGUUCUAUAGGAAUGUAGGGAGCCAGAGGCUGAUAGUGAUUUCAGUCCUUAGCACAAAGGAAGUCAGAUGCCUGCUUCCAGCAUUUGUUAGUGUUUAGUAGAUAUUCUUGCCCUAGGAGAAUUUCAGCCUCAAACAGAAACCUGUUUUUUGGAACUUUCUCCCCACAGAAGAGUUAAGAGCUAAGCACUUAAACACCUAGGUCUCACAUGCUAAAAGUAUAUUUUUCCUGUGUUUAGUCCUCUUUCAAGACAUCUUUCUAAUCCUUUCAGUAAUCAACAUUAAAAGAUCUCCCUUCAGAGUUUAUAGCAUAGCUUUGCCCAGUCGAGUCUACCAACGAACUGCUUAGCAGCUCUUUGAUCCCUGGGCUGGGCAGAUGGCUUUCAAGUUAAGAUCAAAUGCUGGGAAAAUCAGCCUAGAUGGGAGCACCCAUUUUAAACCUGGAGAGAACCAUAAUGUUUUCUUUUUUAGAUAACAAUUCAGUUUCCUCCCCAGUACUAAAAUUUUAUUGUCUUUCAGACAAUAUAAUUUUUAUUUAAAAUUGGAAAAUACUAUCUUCAUGCCUUUUUUUUUUUUCUUUGAUACAGAGUCUCACUCUUGCCCAGGCUGGAGUGCAGUGGUGCGAUCUCUCCCUCCCAGGGGUUCAAGCAAUUCUCCUGCCUCAGCCUCCUGAAUAGCUGGGAUUACAGGUGCAUGCCACCACACCUGACUACUUUUUCUAUUUUUAGUAGAAAGGGGGUUUCACCAUGUUGAUCAGACUGGUCUCAAAUUCCUGACCUUGUGAUCUGCCCACCUUGGCCUCCCAAAGUUCUGGGAUUAUAGGUGUGAGCCACAGCGCCCAGCCUUAUCUUCAUGCUUUCUAAGCUAAAUCUUGAUUUAUAUUUCACUCCUCAGUAGAUCCUACAGGAGAAGCUAUAUAGGAUCCAGAUUCAAAUGUAACAGUGUUAUCUUCUACUUUUUUAGUUAUGUUUUCUAUCAACUCCUGCUGCCUCUUCAAAUAAGGAUAUUUCUCAGGAGACUCUUGGACUUGUCCAUUUACUGUAUAUUUUCCUUUUUGAGCUGUAGCCCCAGUUAAAUGGCUGACAUCUUUCUGUUGUUGAUUCUUGGAGGUACUUUCAGAAUCCCAAGGUGAUUCUCUGUCUUCCUCUCGUCUUGAUCUUAAUGCAGACAUCAUCUCUAUUGAUUUUUUGGUGAGACAGAGUCUCACUCUGUCACCAGGCCUGGAGUACAGUGGCGCAAUCUCAGGUCACUGCACCCUCUGCCUCCCAGGUUGAAGUGAUUUUCCUGCCUUAGUCUACCAAGUAGCUGGGACUACAGGUGCACACUACCACACCCAGCUAAUUUUUGUAUUUUUGGUAGAGAUGGGGUUUCACCAUGUUGGCCAGGAUGGUCUCGAUCUCCUGACCUCGUGAUCCACCCGCCUUGGCCUCCCAAAGUGAUGGGAUGACAGGUGUGACCCACUGCACCUGGCCACCUCUUAAUUUUUGGGCACAAAAAUAAAAUUGUCAUGAUUUGUUUGCUGUCAUGGAGCACUUUCAGUAAUAAGAUUUUUUUUUUAUUCCACUUGCCAGCUUUGCUGUUCCCUCCUUUGUAAGACCAGACAUUGCUAAAGACAUGAGGGAUGGUUUCAGAGGAGGGUCAGGUGAUGGAAAGGCAGGAUGAGAAAAGCCUUGAACUUGUAUGUUUGAGAAGGCUUUCAACCACAUCUUCACACUAUCAGAAUUCCUGUCCUCAAAACAAGGUUCUGUUUUUUGUUCUCACAAUGCCAUAUUUGCUUCUAAAUUUUUCCUGAAUUGCUGAGAAGCAGUCGUUAGCUCUGGUAAGCUUGGUUUGGGGACAUCGUUGAUAAUCAAAAUCGAAGUCUUCAUUUGAUGUAGGCCAUGAAUCAUCAAUAACUGGUUGCUGGAAAGCUUGAUUAACUCCCAUCCACUGAGUUGCUAUUUGGAGAAGGAUUUUGGGGUAUCUUUUCUUCUUUAUGUUCUGCAGUUAGUUGAUGAUUGCUUUCUAGUUUAUCAACUGCAUUUAUAUUUGCUUUUCUCUUUACUAAAAAUCCGUUUGCUGUUUUGUUUUCCCCACUUACAGCAAGUAACAGUGGUCUGAGGUUAUCCUUGUUUUUCUUUGAGGUUUGCCAUGUGUGAAAGCAGUUUUCCUGCUGUUGAUAUAUUCUCAUUGUAGGCAGAAUAGUGGAGAACAGUGUUGCCAUGGACAACAAUCCGGUUUUAGUCUGCUCUGGGGAGCAUUUGGACCUGUGGUGCUCCUAACACUUAAAAGUCUCGAUGGUCCUUGACUGUCCCCCAGCCACACUGUGUACUGCUUUGUGCAUUCUACUUUGUGUCGUUAAUUUGUUUGGUAACUUAGGCAGUUAUUAUUCUUAACUCUUUGUUCUUGUUAUGUAGCCACGCUGCAGUCCAUUUUCCCUAUGUUCAGGCCAAAUCACAGGGCAUUGGGGAAGGUUUUUGGGAUUUUCAUAUUGAGAUUUUAUUGAAUCUGUAGUUUACCCCAGCUUUCCUAAGGUAUAGUGAAGAGUUAGAGGGAUCUGUGUUAGGCCUGGGGAGCAAUUGUCUCUACCUUAAAGGUUCAUUUUGAGGGCAUAAAAUGCUACUCUGCAAUGUCAUGAGAACCCCAUUAGAUUUAAAAUGAGGAAAUAGUUUCUCACAGUUUCCUCAUUUCCUCAUAAAAGAAAAACUCACUUUGCACCUAAUGAUCACAUCCUUUUGGUUGAGAUCUGUACUUUUAUAAUCAGACCACCAAGCAUGCCUGUGGCAGGGCAGAGAGAGGAAAGGUCUGGAGCCAGUGUAUCACAGUGUCAUGCUACCUUUACCUACUAAUAAAAAUUAUGUUUUUAAAAAUAGGUGUUACUAGCCUUACACCCAAAAACAUGCUCUGAAUUAGAUGCCCCUCUCGCUCAAUUUUUAUUAAGCUUUCUAAAUUUCAGCCACAUUGCUGUACAUCAACGUUGGUUUUAUUUAACAGACAUUUUUUGGCCUGAGGAUACAGAGUUCAAAAAGAGGCCAUCCCUGUCCUCAACUUUGGUACUGGUGUGUGAUGAACUGACCAUUAAUAGUUAAGUGCUUACAAGCUAUGUUUCUGUUUAAAAAAAUAGCUUGGCUUUAUAAAUGCUACAAAUCAAUACACAUUUCUGACUCGGGGCAGAGACAGACUGGCUGAUGUAUAGUUUGUAGCCCUAGAGUAAGAAGUUGACAUUAAUUUUGGUUUUUAUGUGGAAAAGACCUAUAACCUUGGGUGAAGUGAGCCAGCUGGCCAUACAACACAAGGGCUUGUUUUACUCCAGGAAAUAAAUAUAGCUGAGGGUUGGAAAUACUGUUAUUACUGAUAGAGAAAAAACAGGUGAGUUGGGAUUGAGAACUCCUGAUUUUCAUCCCUGGUUUAGACUCUUGGCCAAAGUAGUGGUAGAGUUAAUCUUAGCUUGUGGAAAGCAUUAGCUAUAUUGCAGAUUCAGUUGUGUUACAUUAUUGUGGGUACUAUAACAACAUAUUCCUCAUGGACAUUUUAUCAGAGUUGCUUACACCUUUUUCAAUUUCUCAUUUUGGAGGAAUGAACAUGAGGCUGUCUUUAAGCCUAAAACCAGGGACAUGCUUUCCAAUGACAAGAGAUUUGCUAGAAAAGAAGGCUUGGAGCACAUCUGUGAAUACCUGAGCAUCUACUCUGAGCAGUGCAGUUUUACUCAAUACUGCAAGAGAGGGUGAUUUCUAAGCAGAGAAUUGUGUUACUUAUGUGGAAACCUUUCCCAGAAAUACAUGUACCUUGUGUAUUAAAUCUGAAUCUCAGAUUUAAUUAUUAAAGCCUACCUAGGUUAAGAAAUGGUCUGAUCGUAAGUAUGUUCUCGAUUCUGACCCAUGUGACCACAAGAAAAAGAUACUGAGUUCUGCCUGGAUAAUUGAAAGUUGACUAACUUUGGAAGUCAGAUUUCCCAGGAAUUAGAGUAACUGUUCUGGAAAGCUAAAGCAUGAGGUUUUUUAGAUCGUUUCAUAAAAACAAUUCUGGUUUAUUUUUGCUUGUGCUGAAUUUCUUGGAUUUUAAUCUACCUCAUCUUGUCUUUUUAGAAUUCCUUCACCCUGUCACUUUAUCAUUGUGCUUGACUUUGGUUGUUUUCUAAGAUGGAAUUUUUCCUGUUCAUGGACAGCUUGUUCUCUUGCCUUUUCAUUCUGAUCCUCAUUUCAUCUAACAUCAUCUCAUAUUGCUCCUCUGUCAGAGAAAUGUUUUAAAAUAGUUUAAAGUCUUGUGUUAUGGGAAGAAAGUGAUCUUCCAAUGCUAUUUGUCUCUGUGGUCAGUAAGAGAGGGAGUUAAAACAAGGCAGUGGGGGAAGGGAUGAAUCCUGCACUGGAGGCAAAAGCUGACGAGGAAAGAGCCAUUAAUUAAGACAAUUUCAAAGUCAACUGAUUGUGAUCAUUAAUGUCAUAAUAGAUCAAAACCUAAUUAUCACAGCCUAGGUAAGAGCCAUCAGUAUUAAUCGGAAAAUCUAAUAGGAAACUAUUAUCAAGAAAUUAGGCCAAAUUGAAUGCAAUGAACUUUUUAUCUUACUGUUCUCUAUUUUUUUUGUGAUGUCCCCUGGCAUUGGCAGGUGUGACCCUAACAGUCAAUUCAAGGCCAAGUGGCCAGUUUGUCACUUUUUAAGUGAUUUCUUUUUACUUUUAGAAUUCCAAACAGACAACCUAAACUGUCAUUGCCGAAAGAUCAGUCUUGAACUUUCUUAGCACUUGUACCUGUUUAAUGUGGUUGGCUAUCAGUAAGAAAAAAAAAAAUAUAUUUAGGUCUUGGAAUGAUUCCUGUACCUAGAGUAUCCUUAGUGAACCUUUUUUUUUUUUUCCUUUUCUUUUUUUUUUUUUUAGAUAGGGGUCUUGUACAGACAGAGUCCUCCCUGUGUUGCCCAGGCUGGUCUCCAGAUCCUGGGCUCAAGUGAUCGACCACCUCAGCCUCCUAAAGUGCUGGGAUUACAGACGUGAGCCGCACCCGGCCCCUAGUGAACCUUUUACUGUGUGAGUUGAUAAGUCAUCUUUUGAGUUUCUGUUGUAGCGGGGACCUGCUACAAUGGCUGCUGUGAAGAGGUAUGGAAGAAAGGAGAGGCUUCUGCCUAGAAGUUCUUUGAGAACACCUGAAAAAGCAGUUUAAUCAUGUUACAACACUCUUAAAGCUCAAGUCAGUGUUUUCUGGUUUCCAGUCGCUUUUUUUUUUUUUUUUUUUAAAGAUGGGGUUUCACCAUGACGGCCAGGCUGGUCUUGAACUCCUGACCUCAGGUGAUCCACCCACCUCAGCCUCCCAAAGUGCUAGGAUUACAGGUCUGAGCCAACACACCCAGCCUCCAGUAGGCUUUAGGAUUGCAUUCUAAACCAGGGCUGGUGGUGGGUUUGGUGUCUGUUUUGUGCCCCCCUCAUCCCUCACUUCCUCAGUUUUAAGAUAAGAGAUAAUGAUUUAUACCAGAAUCCAAAGGAAGACAAAAGACACCAACUGUUUCUUCUUUUAUCUUUUUGUUUUUGUUGUUAAAGAGUUACGUUUCUGGCAGGAGGAAAGAAUACAAGAGUCUAUAUGAUUAGUUACGGAGAAUAUUUCAUCCCCUCCCCCUGAAUAGAAAAGCAGGGGUCACCAUUUGUAUCCUUACCCUUGAGGUGUUUUUGAAGAUGCUGCAACUCUUGAAGUUGAGCUGAGGCAGAAAGGUUGGGAAGAUGCCGCUCUCUGGGUAUUGAGGGAAGUGCUGUGGUAGGAGGGUGUUUUGUGGUGCUGGGAGUCCCACACUACCAACCUUGCAGCUCUGAAAGAGCAGUACCAAGAAUCACCACUGGGGAAAUGGUUCUUACUCAUUGUUUCUGUUGGAAUGUGAUCUUGCUUUCUGGAUUUUAGGAAUUCAGGUACUUUGAGAAAUCAGUGUGACUUUAUUUUACCUCCUUUCGUUUUUUUUUUUUUUUUUUUUUUUUUUUUUCAGGCAGCCUAUUUUACCUUAAGAUAAAGUGAAUAUUUCUUUACAAAAGAAUUCAUGUCCUUAUGUUUAAGAUAUAAUUUUAUUUUCAAAACAUCUGUAACAUGACUUUCAGAAGCAGUUCAUUUUUCCAAGAUUCCUCACACUAUAUACUAGAUAAAUAGUAGGUCCUCAGUUAAUACUCUUGGGUUGAUUGGAUUAAUCUAGUUUGCAGAGUGAGGUGUACCUGCCAACCUCCCUCUGCUCCCAAGUGCACUCUGAGAAGUAAAAUGCUCUGGGAAAUGGAACAAGAAUCAAGUGGAUGCUGACUCAGUGUGCCCACCUCCUCAACUGAUUCAUAAUGGCUGACCUUGGGCAAGUCACUUCUUUCAAUGCCUCAGUUCCCCAUCUGUCAAAUGGGGGUAAUAAUACUGACCUACCUCACAGGGGUGUUGUGAGGCAUUGCAAAUCAAAGUUAAUAGAAUACUUCAGGGUCCUCUGUGGAGGAUGCUUUGAGCUGGAGUUUAAGCCUGACACACAACGCUUUAGUCCUCACUGAGCUGUCUCCAAGGCUGGAACUACUUAGUGACUUGGCAAAUUCUCUGCCCCCCACCCCUCAUCAAAGCUGCUAGUUCAGAUGUUGACAGUGUUUUCAUGAAUGUUGGAAUCUUACUAGUCCAGACUUACUUAGGAUGUUGUGGGGGAAGGCACUUAGGAUUUUCUAUGUCUUGCAUUCACAGAGGGAGGCCAUUUCAGAUUCAAGAGCAUUGGAUUAGGGAAUCGUGAGGCAGGGAUGCUACUGCUUAUUUCUCUCUGCAGGUUGGGGAUUAAAGUUCCAUUCCCCAUGGAUUUGAAGCAGACUCAGACUGUCUCAGGAUCAAGGCAGCCCUCAGUGGUGUUGAUUAGAUCAUUGCUUACCACUCCCCAAACUGAUCCCAAGAUAGCUGGGUCACUGCACCCCAUUGUGGUAUCUGUACCUGGGCCCCUCCUUUCUCAUAGGGAUCAGCUGAUUCAAUAAAUGUGACCACCUUGUUUCCAACCCGCAAAAAAGCUACAUUGGAAUUAUUUUUCCUAGAAAUAUGUAUACAUAACACUCAGAAUUGGGCAUUGAUCCUUAAAGCUUCAUCCAAUUCACUGUAUUCAGCAUCUGUCAUCUCUUUCUCAGUGUCUGCAGUCUGAACUUAACCUUGACUUUUUUUCCCUCUGGUUUGAGAAAACUUUCGACACUAUUUCUACUUGCCCAGGUGUGGGCUCAAGAGCCUUACUCUUUCCAUCUCAGUUUAGGGGUGCAGCCAGCUCCUCUUCCCAAUAGGGCUCUUUCUCCUUUCCCUCUCCUUGGCCCUAGAUUUGUAAUCCAUGAAAAAGCACAAGGUCCUGGCUCCUUGCAGUCACAUUCUGGUUCUCUGUGUUUUGUGGACUCUGCUCUCACUGUUCACCCAGCACUGGCAGUACUAAACAGUUCUGUGGAAAAUGGAGAGAGCACAGUCUGACGCCCUGCCAAGCAGCCAGGAGUUGACUUGCCCAUGGCCCACUGGCUUUCCCACCACUUCCUACAGGAUGGAAUCUAAGAGACUCAAGAGCUGGGUUUCUUUCAGCACUCUGUAUCAUCCUGAGUAGCAAACAUCACUUUGUAGCCAGAUUUCUGAAUGAAAAUGAGAAAUUGAAUUCUCUAUGGACUUUUAGGUUUAUGGGGGAGUUUUGGUUGUGUUUCUUGGUUUUAUUUCAGCUAAACAUGUCUGCUUUUGAUUUUUUUAAAAAAAGUAUAAGUGGUCUAUAUAUAUGUUCACCUUUUAAAUGUAAAUGUUUAAAAGUAGGCAUUUAUGUGUUUCUAUAACUGACAUCUGAUGCAGACCUCAUUCUCUCCCCCUCUUCUACCCUCCUCUUUUCCCUCUUUUCAUACUCUUGUAUUGGUUCUAAUAAAUGGUUGCUUUUCAAA